GAGGGGCGAGCAGGUGGAAGGGGGCGGGGAUGGUCCAAAGCGUCUGUCUGUGAUGGAUGGAUGACGUAGGGCGGCCGCGUUGUCAAUGGUAACGGAUGCCUGUAGUUCGAGCUGUCUUCAGCAUUGCCAGGUGUCAGGAUUUGCAGUAAUGUGAGAAAUCCAUUAUUUAUUUGAGAAUGAAAAUUGUUCAAAAUGAAAAUGAUUCUGAUCCUGAUACCAGUGAAACCAAACAAAUUCAUUAUAUGGAUGAUAGGGAUUCAGUAAUCCCCAAUAGUUUAUGUGGCAUGUCCAAUGAAGACUACUAUGAGAAAAUUGAGGAACUAAAAAAUGCUCAUGUAAAUACAAUGGCAAUACUAGCGAAAUUGUAUGAGAAUAAACUCUGUGUCAGAGGCAUGGUAGCUGCUUCAGAGGAUCCCUGUGAAUCUUCAGUGCAUUACAGUUCAGACAAGAAAAAUGAUGUCCAUCUAUCAUACUCGACAACUGAGGUGGACAAUACUACGUACUCAAGCCUUUCAGAAAUUUCUGGUGACGAUCAGGAAAAAGGUGGAGAAAAUCUCAUGUCCUGUGGAAUGGAUCGAAUUCAGGGAAUGUGGGAUGGAUUUUCUGUGCAGGAGUAUAUUUCAGAUGAAGAAUCCCAGAAGCCAGGAAGCUCAAAUUUAACAAAAAUGAAAGCAAUAAAGAAGGAGCAAAAGCAGUGGUCACCAAAGAUCACAAUACCACAACCUUUCCAAAUGACUCUCAGAGAGGCUGAGAAAAAGAAGCACAAGAUCAAAUCAAGGUGUGAAAUUGAAAUAGAGAAUGAUAUGCUAAGAAAACAAUUAGAAGAAGAAGCAGAAUGCCAGAGAAAGUUCCGUGCUAACCCUGUACCAGCCCAUACCUAUAUUCCACUGUUGGAAGAAAUAAUAGAACGGAAUGAAGAAAGAAGGAGGUUUGUAAAGAUGAGAAACAAAGAAAUUCUACUGGCGAUGCAAAAACCAUUUAGCUUUCUUGCAAGGGAGGAGAAGAAAAAAGAAAUCAGAAAAAUGCAAAUAAAGAACCUGGAUGUUUCAGUAAAGGAACCAAAGAAAUUUAAAGCAAAACCAGUUCCCAGAUAUCUUUAUGAUCAAACGAUUAGUGACAGGAUUAAAGAGGAAGAACUCUACAGAGUAAUUAGGAUGAAAGUGAGAGCUCAAGAAAUAUUACAUAGUGCAUCCCUUCCAAAAAGUAUGCUUCAUAAUACCUUCUUAGAAAAGAAGAAAGCAACAUGUUGGGACCCACACAAAGAACUGAAAUUCAAACCCCAGAUUAAUGCAAAAGUACCUGAUUUUGAGAUGUUGCACAGAAAGUCUCAGGGACAGCUCAUGAGAAAGAAGAACUUGCUAUUGACAACCGUGUGUGAACCCUUUCAACUGCUCACACCUCAUAUUCCUUCAAAAAAAGAAAAGAUUUUGGAUGAUAUAAUGGCAGACGAAAACCGGUUGAAAGAGACCCGUUGGCCUUAUAUAUCUUGCAGAAACCAGUGGAAAUCACGUGACAGCAUAACUUCAUCUCAAUCAGGAUCUUUGGACUUGGAAAUUAUAAAGAUCACAGAGUCUGCAAAGAAGAGGAAAGAAGCUAUUAGGAAGUCUCUAGAAGAGAAAAAGAAGAAAGAAGAACAGGAAGCAAACUGUAAACGAGAGCAGAAACUGAGGGAGAGAAAAUUGAAAAAAUUCAUAUCUACCCGUGCCCAGGCCAAUGAUCCACACCAGAGCCUGGCUGAAGUGUCAAGAUCAAAAUUAAAACAAUACAGGAAUCGCCAAAGGAAAAGGACAAAAGAGUACCUUAUGGAACUUGAGAAGAUGCAGGAGAGAGUAAGCAGGAGGCCUCUGCUCUUAGAAGAGCUCACACAGAGGAAUGCCAGAAGAGCAGCAGAGAGAUAUUACGCUGCAGCACUAAAAGAGCAGGGAUUAAGUGAAGAUUUUGUUUCCAGAAAAGGUCACUCUGUUCCAGGCUUCAUUUUACAUUCUAGUAAUGAAGAUCCUGAGAAGAAUGAACACAACAACAGUGUAAAUGAGGAAAGUUCUCAAGAAGAAACUGAUGGAUUUGAAUCUGAUAACGAUCAAGAUGGUAGUAAGCACAUUGAGGAAUUGAGCGACAUGGAAGAAAAGGAGUUCAAAGAAUGUGAAGCCGAGUGACUAAAAAAAGUCAAAGAAAUAUGAAGAUUUGAUAUAAAUUGACUGUAUAAGUAAUAUUUAUUUAAUAUUAAUUACAUUUACUUUUUUUCCCUGGUGGAUACUAUUUCUAUCAAGUUAAAGGAUUAACUUUUUUUAAGAUGAUCAAAGACUGGUAAAUUCUGGUAUUCACGGAAUAACACUUAAUCAUGAAACUGAUUCAUUUUUAUUACUAACAUUAAUUGCUUUUUAUAAAGGGUCUGACAAGUUUGUGUUGUGCAUUCUCAACCAUACAGCAGAAAUCCAACUAAUAUUAAAUGUUAACUCUUCUUA